AUGACCUGGAAAAGGUUGAAACUCUCGUUGAAGAAACUUUUGAAAGAGAAUAAGGAGAAGGAGAUGACCUUGUACAUGUUUCAGAGCCUUGAAACAAGGAAGUUAGAGGAGGAUGAUAACAUUACCAUGGCAGAUUUAAAUGUUCUUUCUUCUGUGAUUGAAAAGAACCUGAUGAACAUUAAUGAAAGAUUGGAUACCUUGGAUGCUAAUGAGAUGAUGACACCUUCUCAAACCCAGAUGCAACCACCAACCCCAGCAGCAGAAGCGCUUGAAGAAACAAAGCUGGUGAAUGAUGAUGAUGUGUCAGCUGACAUGACUGCUGAUGGGGAUCUGCACAAUGGUGGUGGAGAUAAUCUACAACUCUAA